CACGAGUGCCAUCAACCAGGAUGUGUAAAGGACUCGCCAUUUGUACAUGAUGGCGGGUCGUGUCUGUCAGGAGAUAUACAAGCUGUGUGUGUUUACAGAAAUACUGAUUCUGUGUUUUGGUCAGAGCACACACAUGAGAAAUAUUGCACUGAACAAAAGAUGUGGCAUCAGCUCUCGGUAUGUAACCAGCUAUAAUUUGAGCUCAGGCGAUUGCUCGGCUGUAAUAAAUGGAAACACAAACACCGUCUUACACCUGAAUAGUAAUCCACCCAACUGCAUCCACACUGCGGUAAACGACCUUUCACCCUUCUGGUGGGUGGAUCUGGGACAGGAGGUCGCCAUCAGUGUCAUCACCAUCUAUGGGCGGAAUGAAUAUAUAGACAGAAUGCGUUGCGUUAACGUUUCAGUUGAUGGAAAAGUCGUCAAACGAUUCGUCGAUAGGAACGUCUGGAGCAACGAUAAAUAUAGUAUCACAGUUGUUCGUAGAGGACAAGUAGUCAACUUCACCAAAGACUGUGACUUUGAGGAAACAAUGAACUUUUGUGAGGUACAGGUGUGGGUGUGUGACGACGGUUGGUAUGGAGACUGUACACAAGCCUGUGGUCGCUGUGCUGGUGGUGCUGUCUGUGACAAGGUGGACGGCAGCUGCACGUCCUGCCAGACAGGCUUCCAGUUACCAACGUGUAAAGUGUGUACAGACGGUUGGUAUGGAGACAACUGCACACAGACUUGUGGUAACUGUGCCAACAACUCUGUCUGCGACAAAACAACAGGCAGAUGUACAUCAUGUACAACAGGAUUUAAUCCACCUCUCUGUAAAGAAUGUGCUUAUGGUUGGUAUGGAGAUAGCUGUCUGCAGACUUGUGGUAACUGUGUUGGUAACUCUGUCUGUGACAAGACAACAGGCAGUUGUUCAUCCUGUCAAACAGGAUUCUACCCACCAUUGUGUAAAGAAUGUCAGUUGGGUUGGUAUGGAAACAGCUGCCAGGACUCCUGUGGCCACUGUGUGGGAGGUAACACUACCUGUGACAAGGUGAGCGGAAGCUGCCCCUCCUGUGAUGGAGCGUUUCAGCCUCCUUUGUGUAAAGACAUGUGUGACGACGGUUGGUAUGGAGACAACUGUACACAAGCCUGUGGUCACUGUGUUGGCGGGUCUGUUUGUGACAAGGUGUACGGAUACUGUACGUCCUGUGAGACUGGCUUCCAGUUACCCCGGUGUGAUGCAACAUCUGACAAAGACAAGGAGACUGUCAGUCUGGCAGGUCCUAUGGCCGGUGUUGCGGUUGGCUGCAGUGUCGCAUUUUUCAUUAUCGGGCUCGUAACUGGUUUGUGCCUGAGGAAAUUCCGGAUUAAACAUCCUUCAUCAUCACUCCGCUCACCUGAUGAUACUUCAAUGACCCAUGAACUCGGUACUUCCAUACCCAUUCCUCAUCACGAAGAAAAGCCAGACAUCAGUCCCUCAUCAAACACCUCAGACUACAGCAACAUCAACGUCUAUGAAGCACUCAAAGGCGGUGAUGACGACACCACAUCCCCCUACACAAGCCUCAGUCUCCCGCCGACAAGGGGAUGACUGGAACAAAUAUGAAAAGUAAACAAAGAAAAACAAACAGCAAAAUCAUUAUUUAUGUAGUUUUCAGUCAUAUAUUUCUGUAUAAAGUAAAUCAGUGAACAUCAUCGCUACCCUCUUGAUUGUCUCGCUUUAAAGCAUGUAUAUCUCAGUUCAUGUCAAGAGUCCGUUUUUGUUGUCUUCCUAUAAGUAAACAAGUUCAAAGAACGCCACGCUUAUCAACUUGAAGUGGUGUACCCUCGGCUUGGGGUAAAGGUCACACGAAUAAUCCUCCCAAAUCCUCCACACAGGCCGCAGGCUGCCGAUGAGAAGCUUACGUGUCUGUACAGUCAUGUACUCAUGUAUCUGUACCGCCAUAGUAAACUAUGCGUUUUGUAAUUAAUACUUGCAGUGUGGAAAGACAUAAUUGUUGUUUUAUUGUCAAACCAUUUUUUUAAACUUCACUUAAGAUUUCUUCAUUUGGACUUCCAGAAUGCUUACAAGUAGAUAGUAUUACAACCUCCCAUCAAUGUAAUGUGGUUGUCAGAUAUACAAUAAA